AUUCCUCUCAACUACAACCAACUUAACUCAAGGCUUUUAUUACUAACAGUAUGGUCAAACAAACUAAAUUCUAUGAUCCAACUACUGCUCCUUACUUAGACCCUAAGAAGGAUAGACGAGUAGUCUUUAUUACAGGUGGGAACUCAGGAAUUGGGUGGUAUACUUGCUUACAUUUGUACUUGCAUGGAUAUAUUGUUUAUGUUGGAGGUAGAACUGAAAGCAAAGUGGUGAAGGCAAUUGAUGAGAUCAAAGCUGAGGCUAGGGAAAGACAAAACAGACAUUUUGGAGAAUUGAACUAUGUAUACAUUGACUUAACUGAUUUAUCAACCGUGCCCAAGGCUGUGGAAACUUUUGGAUCCAAGGAAAACAAAUUAGAUGUGUUAAUUAAUAAUGCUGGGAUUAUGGGUGUUCCUUAUGAAGAAACUAAAGAUGGUUAUGAAAUUCAAUAUCAAGUGAACUUUGUCAGUCAUUUAUUAUUAACUUUGAAGAUGAUACCAUAUUUGCAAGCUGCUGCACACCCAAGAAUCGUGAACCUCGCUUCAGUAGGCCAUAAUAGCGAGUUUAAAUAUUUCCAUCCAAAAAAUCACUAUCUUAAACAUUUUCCCAAUUCAGUCUAUACUUGGAUAAGAUAUGGAAAAUCUAAAUGUUCCCAAAUCCAAAGUGCCAAGGCUUUAGCCAAACAUUUUCCUGAAAUUCUUUCAGUUUCUGUUCAUCCAGGUAUUAUUGUAGGCACUGAAUUGUAUGAUCAUUGGAGAAAUAUCCCCGGAUUGAAAUUCGUUGGUAACGGAGUAAUUGGAACUAUGGGCAAGCUUAUGGGAGUGAGCAACGAAGAAGGUUCAUUAGCUACUUUAAAAGCAGCAAUGGAUCCAGAAUUAACACUCAAGGACAAUGGAAACUAUUAUGUUACUGGAGGAAUUCUAGGUUCUCCAAGUUCUGUUGCUUCUAAGCAAAGUAAUGUUGAAGAGACUUGGAAGUGGAACAUUGAGCAAUUAGACAAGCGUGGUUACCAUUUUGACUUCUAAUUGUCAUUAUUUAUUUUUCUCUCAUUCCCUUACAUUCAUAUGAACAAUUGUUAUCUGUUUAUAUGAGUAAGAUAUUAAACACUCUUUGAUUAACUGGACAUAUAUAUAUAUACUAUGCGACAUAUAAUUUCAAAAUUUGUAUACAUCGGGAUUGUGCGACAAAUUAUACGAAAAUAAUGAACCUGCAUCGAACCUGACUACAUGUAAAAGUUCGCCAUAUAACCCACAAAUUCUCCACUUGAGCGCAAAGGGCACAUCAUGAUGGAGCUUACAAACAUUGGUAUUCAAAGUUCAUCCAAAUCUAUCAACAUGAACUCCACAUUU